CAGACAGGUCCUCUCAGCUUCUACAAAGCAAGGUUUCAAAAAUCUUCAGCCUCUGUCACAGCCAGAGAGCCAUCAGAUAUGCAGCCACGUGUAUUGGUUUGUUCGAACUGUCACAACAAAGUACUACAAACGGAGUGGCUUCACCAAUAGUCAUUUAUCGUCUCCCAGUUCUGAAGGCCAAUCUGAGGUGCAAGGUGUUGGCAAGUGGGUUCCAUCUGAGGGCUUUGCGGAGAACCUACCCCAGGCCUCUCUCCGAGCUUCUGGUAGUUUACUGGCCAUCUUUGGUGUCCCUUGGCUUGCAGACACAUCACCCCAAUCUCCAUCUUCACAUCGUGCUCUCCCUGGGUGUGUGUCUGUGUCCAAAUUUCUCCUUUUCAGAAGGACACCACUCAUAUUGGAUUAGAGUCCCCCUGUUCCUGUGCAAGCUCGUUCUGAACUAAUUACCCUGAAAUGAUCCGAUUUCCAAAUCAGGUUACAUUCUGAGGUACUGGGAGUUAGGGCCUCAAUGUAUGAAUUAUGAGGGGGACACGAUUCAAGCCAUAACACUGUGUCGAAACUGUGGGGUCUUACUGUCAUACUUUGGAACAAACUGGCCGCCGUGCGGGUCUUAGUGUGGACGCCUUCCUAUGCCACUUCGACUUACAUGCUCGUCCCUUUCUGUUCCCAACUCACCUCAGCAAAGGUCCCUCUCUUCAUUUCUCCCUGAACACACCCCAUUCAAUGGUUCUCUGGCUCCCCCUCCAACAACGAUACCAAUCACCACAUUGUCCCAAUGUGUCAUUUGUCCCAAUUCCUCUCAUAGAUCCCUGCUCUGCCACCUGAUUCUUAUCUGUUACAGCUUUUCAAAAGUUUCUUCUCCUCAAUGGACUCAGACCAGGAAGUCCCCAACUUCCGCCAAGACAAGAACUUGUAAACUGGAUCUCAGCACAAAAAAGCCCAACACUCCCUUUGCCGCAGGGCCAAGCUGCACCCCAUCAGCGGGAGUCCUGACUGUUCCACCUACUAGUGGGCCAGUCUCUGUGAAGGUUGGCCUCACCCCACAUCAAAGGAGACAAUGUGAAGUCAGAACAACCAAAAUGCUGCCCUCACUUCAAAGGAAGUACCUCUUCCGGAAGUUGUUACAGCCUUUCAAGGGGGAUAAACAGCAGCCCAGCUCAGGGGACUCACAAAGGGGUAAAGCUACAUGCAACGGGCUUCCAGGCGGGCUUGUGGAACUUUCUGGGGCCCAAACAGUCCUCCCGAGUAUGAAGAUGUCCUUCUGUAUAGAGAAUGUUGGCCCGGGUGCCUUCCUAACUACCCCCCUCCCAUCCUCACCCCCCCCCCCCACAUUAACCAACAAGCAGCCAGGAAGCCAUAUCCAGACUGGACUUCAACACUGGUCCCCUGCAGGCUACCCUUCUGCCCACUACAAGUCCACUUGGACAGCUCUGAUGCCUAGGCUUCCACCCUUUGGCUUACACUUUGCUGGUUCUGUGUCUGAAAAUUACAACCAGAAAUAAACCACCACUCGUUUUUUCUUGGGGGGGGGGCGGUGCGACAGGGAGUGAAGGGAGUGGUGGUGAAGAAGGGGCCGAAAACGAUGUGCGUUCUCUUGAUCGGGGCGCCCUGGGCCCAGCAUUUGGAGUCCCCUCUCCCUGCCCUCCAGCCGUGGGCCUUCGGCUAAGCUGGCAGCAGACAGGCAGGAUAACAGGUGGGUCCCCACCCGUCUGUGGCCCAGUUGUUAGUGAGAGAGCGGAACAGGCUGAGACGGAUUGGGGAGUUUCCGGGUGCUCCCCUAAUUGGCUGGGGAGACAGCCAAGCGGCGGCAGACCCUCCAGUGGGCCCUGGGGGACUCCUGGCC